AUGCAAGGUUUCCUGCUCCCACCCCCACCCCACCUGGCUGCGAGGCACUGCCUUCCCCGCGGGCCCGCACCAACCGUGGCCUCCCUGGCAUCAAGGGCACCGCAGGGAAAACCAUUCCCUCUGUUGCCCUGGGAACGUCCCCCCUCCGGGAAGAGAUCUGUCUCCAGCCCUUGGGACACUUCAGAGUCUCGACCCAGACCUGGACUCUCCAGGGUCAACCUGCGCUCCGGAGGGUCGUCCAGCCAGCGGGCGAGCGCUCUGGGUAGCCCCCGCACGCCCUCCCGCUCCCGAGGGCCCAGGCCCCGCGGCCCCGCUGCGGGCUCCCAGUCGCGCGCCGGCCUGCGGGAAACUUUCUUCCGUCCCAAGGCCCCGCUCCAGGGGCCCCGGGACCGCACGCCACACGCAUGCGGCUCAGGGGCCCGCACGGCUCACCUGGGCGCUCGCGAGCCCCUGAGAUUCGGACAUACACCCAGUCGUUCCCCGGCACCCAGGCGCCGCCGCAACCUGCCGCCUCCGGCACGGCGGGCGCGCCUGGCCGGGCCCCAUUGGCCCGCAGCCCUCAGCGACUCCAUUCGCUCCCCUGCACCUGCGGCCCGCCCCAAGCCCCACUCCAUUGGCUGUCGCUCCCUCGCCCCGCCCAUUGAACGGCCACCUGCCCCGCCCCCCGAGGAGCCAGGUGUGGGCGGGGCCGCGGCUUGGGGCGGGGCGGGGCCGCGGCUUGUGGGCGGGGCGGGGCCGCGGCUUGUGGGCGGGGCAGGGCCAGCCGGGGGUCCACACAAGCCGAAGGCCCACGGAGACGUCUGGAGAGGUUCGCCGGGGCUGGUGAGAGAAGGCCGCUUCCAGGGACCUCGGAUACAGCCCUUCCGACCCACGCCCUCGGUCCUGCCUGAUCCUGUGGUCUCUGCCGUGUGGCUUGUAGAUGAUGCACAGGUAGACCUGGAGAACUUGGACCUCUCUACCCUUCGGCUGCUAUGGGGACACCGGCAGCUGGAGAUCCAAGCCCUGCACUGGGUUGUCCAGAGUGGCCAAGACAUUCACUACAACCACAUCCUGCAGGAAGUGGCUGGGCUUCACCCUGAGAGGCUGCACAGCUUCCAAAAUCAGAAGUUCCUGCAGCACCAAGUGCAGAACCUGACCCAGGAGCUUAAAGAACAGAAGAGCCAAGAGCAGGAGCGACUGCAGCUGCGGCUGCAGGAGGCCAUGCAAUCGCAGGAACAGCUGGAGGAGAAGAUGCAGACCUUUCAGAAGUCCUACUUUCUGAGGUUGGCCUGCUCCUCCUGGGUGAGACGUGUGCUUCGCUCUCAGACCCGGAGUGUGGAGCACAGCCCUCUGGCUGGGGCCUCCACAGAGGCGAUCCACUUUGUGCACGCCGAGGGCUUCCACCUGAAGGAUGUGGCCUGGAACAGCGUUGCCCAGCGGUACCCCAACCUGUUCACAAAAGAAGUCAUCCUGGAGCACAAGUCACAGCAGAGCACAAACCCUGCCCCAUAUUUCGAGGAGAGCUCAGAGGAGGAGGGAGCCCAAGCUGCCCCGGAGUCCGAGAUCGUGGCCGUGAACCGCCGAGAGAAGUUCGUGCGUGUCCUCAACCAGUCGCUGGAGGAGACUGCCGACCUGGGCGGCUUUGUGCUGCAGCAGCGUGUGUGCGACUUCCCAGUGUGUUUGUACCGCUUUCCGCCCAGCACUGUGCUGGCACCUCGGCACCACGUGUGGGGCGAGGGGAUCCGCUGCACCAGGAAGCACCUGCCCAGGGCCUUGCGCCAGGAGCUGGUCCUCUUCCAGUCCAGCCGCCGCUGCGUGACCCUCCUUCUGAACCCCAAGGGCAAGGUCCUCAGUGAGUACCGGGCCCCUCACUACGUGACCCCAGUCUCGAAGAUUUUCUCCGACAACACGGGCUUGUCCAUCGACUGCUUCCCGCUCUCAGAGGCUCCGCCAGACGCCAACGCUUGUGCAGAACAGCGCCAGGCUUGUUUCCUGCGCAAGAACCGCGCCCGGGGCUCCCGAGCAGAGCACGGGGACGCCGAGAGAUCGCCCAUCCCGCCCCCUCGCAGUGAUCCUCUCCCUACCCGCCUGCCCCCUCCCAAGGUGUGUCCUCAGGGCGUGGGCCGGAGCUGCCCCUUGGUGGUCUUGUCGGGCUAGAGCGCGGCCCAGAGCAGAUGCCUGCCUGUCACCAAGGACCCGUGCAGGCAGGGCAGCCCCAAGUGGAGGGGUAUGACCACUCCCUUCCUGCGUGGAGAAAGCCUGCUCAUGACUGAUGAGCGCGUGGCAGCCAGGCCAUUGAGUAAUCGGGCGCUGGGGACCCUUGUGGUGUUCGCCCACACCUGCCCCAGGCCUGACUUCUGA